UGACAUCCUGUAUGGAGGGGUUGUACCUACCCAUGUUCCUGUCUCCAACACCAGCCCAGGGUGCACUGCUCUACGCCUCUGCAGACCAACCCCUGGAAAUCACUGUCAGAGCACAGGCUACCCAGUCCACGGUUUCAGAGCUGUUGGUGAGCGGACCUUCCAGUAUCACAGAGAACUCCACUGUCCCAGGAGAGUACCUUCUAAGAUGGACGCCCACUGAGGAUGAGGAGGGAGGGUACUAUCCUGUGUGCUUCAUCGCUCAGGGAGUGAACGACAGUUUCACGUAUCACUCUGAGCUGCGCUGUCUGAUCGUCAGGGUUGGAAACACAAGUGCCAUCAGAACCACAGAGGAACCAACAACCUCCCCUCCUCUGACAAUAAACCUCACGACCACAGAGGAACCAACAACCUCUCCUCCUCUAACAACAAACCUCACGACCACACAGAUUUCACCUGCACUUCCAAAUACCACCCAAACAACUACUGAACUCACAACCACACCCACAAAUGUCAGUACGUACGCACCCACAACUACCACGGCAUCCACAACUUUAAGUACACACCCAACCACCGAUCUCACAACCCAUAUUGUGGACGGUACAACAACGAGCAGUGGGCCUAGAUACGUUGCUGUACUGAGGAUAAAACUGUCCUCUCUGAUCCCACUGACAGAUGAUUACAUCAGAAACGUGGUUUUACAGCAGCUCCGUGAGGAACUGAUCAGACAAGGGCUGCCAGGGGACUUCGCGCUACGCCUGAGAGACACUCAUGGGAUCAGUUCCUGAGGGGGGAACAGGAAUUCACAUAGACAUUCUUCACUCCUACUUGUCUUGUCUUCCUGGUUCUGAUUCUGCAGAAAGUUCUUCUGAAGAAGAAGUGGUUCCUUAUAAUGACAGAGUUGAUUUGUACUAAUCUCUUGAAGAAGAAGUGGUUGAAUGACUAAAAUGUAAAUGUUUUAUGUCUAGAAGAAGAAAUAGAACAUAAAUAUGAUGGGUAACAGAGUUUGGUAAUGUACAGAGGUAGACUGGGGUUCUUUCCUGUUUGCUAAUGUACAGAGGUAGACUGAGGUUCUUUCCUGUUUGGUAAUGUACAGAGGUAGACUGGGGUUCUUUCCUGUUUGGUAAUGUACAGAGGUAGACUGAGGUUCUUUCCUGUUUGGUAAUGUACAGAGGUAGACUGAGGUUCUUUCCUGUUUGGUAAUGUACAGAGGUAGACUGAGGUUAUUUCCUGUUUGGUAAUGUACAGAGGUAGACUGAGGUUAUUUCCUGUUUGGUAAUGUACAGAGGUAGACUGGGGUUCUUUCCUGUUUGGUAAUGUACAGAGGUAGACUGAGGUUCUUUCCUGUUUGGUAAUGUACAGAGGUAGACUGAGGGUCUUUACUGUGUCAAGAAUAGUUGAUUGAGGCUCCGUUUUCUGUGACAUUUUAGUGACAGAGGGCACAGGUAGGGAGAACCCACUUGUAAACACCCACACACACACUCAGGAAGACGUUUCACUUUCACUCACACAUGGAGCAUAAAGAAGAAUGAACAAUGAGGUUGAAUUGACAUUGACGAAAGAGAAUAAAAUAACUGACUGACUAAAGAGAAGAAGAAAUGAAUUGACAUUGACUAAAGAUAAGAAGAAAUGAAUUGACACUGACGAAAGAGAAGAAGAAAUGAAUUGACAUUGACGAAAGAGAAGAAGAAAUGAAUUGACACUGACGAAAGAGAAGAAGAAAUGAAUUGAUUGAAAUCCUAAUUAAAGGUUAAACAUAUUAAAUGUUAAAGGUUGAAAACAUUGGGAGAUAUUACAGGUGUUAAAAUAAUGCAGGUGAGGAGAGUUAUAAUGUAGUUUUCUUUAAGUUGUGAAUCAUAUUGACUGUGUUUCAUUCUGCUUAGAGGACAAGGCCUUAGGAGGUUGAUAACGAGACGUUAUAAUGGUCAAAUGUUAUCAUGUUUAAAAUAUUGAAUUAUUAAGAUAUAACUGGAGUAAUAAAUUAGGUUGUAGUAAGAUUAGAAUUGAGUAAAGGUAGUUUGAAAAAUGUAUGUUUUAAGAAGUUGAUGUUAAUGAAGUAUAUUAAAGGUGCUAGCUUGAUCUGGAAAUCGCUUGAGGUUUCCUCAUUGAUAGACAUGUUCUAGAACAUUCUAGGAGGAAUCCUUUAGGUUACCUCAUUGGUAGAAGUGUUCUAGAACAUUCUAGGAGGAAUCCUUUAGGUUACCUCAUUGGUAGAAGUGUUCUAGAACAUUCUAGGAGGAAUCCUUUAGGUUACCUCAUUGGUAGAAGUGUUCUAGAACAUUCUAGGAGGAACCCUUAAUGUUAACUCAUUGAUAGAAGUGUUCUAGAACAUUCUAGGAGGAAUCCUUAAGGUUACCUCAUUGGUAGAAGUGUUCUAGUAGCUGUUAGUUUUUUAGACACCAACUGAGGGACUGAGCAUCCCGAGGGGGGAGACAAAAAUCUGUUUAUAAGUUGUAGAAGGUAAGAACAUGUUUUUCUUGUUAAUAAAUACAGUGCUUCUCAUGAAAUUGUGAAAAAAAAAUAUAUAAUAUUGGUACACCCUAAUAAGGGUUUAGUUAAGGGUUUAGUUAAGGGCGCUCAAUUUAAUCCAAGGAAAUGUUUUGCUUAUCAUCGAUUGGUGAUAUUGAUUUGUGAUUGGUUGAUCGAGGAUUUUUUAUGCCUGUUUCUGUCAUUUUGAAUAAACUUGCUUUAUUGUUCUGAAA